UGUGCAGUAGUCACGACUGGUCGAUACCACACCACGACAGCGCAGCAGAGAGCCGGCACGGCAGACAGUGAGAGGAGAGGGUGGAGCGUUAUAGAAGAGAGGGCGUUCAUCCAAUCACCCCGGCUAGUUACCAGACCAUCACGCCUGCAGGAGGACUUUCCCUCAACAUACCCGAACUACAAGCGUUGUUCGUGGUGUAGCUUCGUGCUGCGGGACGGACAACACCACCUUGCCCACCUCACCGCUGCUGCAGAGGCAUGCCGUGGCCUUUCUGCCCGUCGUGCGGGAGCGUAUUGGACCCUCCGGAGUCUGGGGACAUCUUGUGUGACCACUGCCACUUGCGGACAUCCUAUGAAAGUUUCGGGGAGGUGGAAGUGGUCACCAGGAGUCAAAACAGAGCGGAACCAGAGUGGUUGGUGCAGAUCCAGCGAAAAGGAGAGAAGCAGGAGCUUCAGCGAGCAACGGUGGAGGAGGCGUGUCCGAAGUGCGGGCACCCCAAGAUGGAGUUCUACACCAUGCAGCUGCGGUCUGCAGACGAGGGGCAGACCGUCUUCUACGAGUGUCUUUCCAAGGCAUGCAAGCAUAAGUACGCGGUCAACAACUAGAGAGAGCCUCUAGUGAUAUAAGACGAUUGAUUCGAGCACGAUGUUGUUGUUGUUGUUGUUGUUGUUGUUGUUGUUGUUUGUUGCUGUCGGCGAUGUGGUGUCGUGUGAUGUAUUUGUGCUUGAACUUGCUCGACGCUGCGCACGUCGGAGGUACCCUGUUUUCGCGUCAAGCAACUUUUUUUUUUUUGUCUAUAGAUUUGUCGUCGGUGUUGUAAGUUCUGUGUGUUCGCCGGCGGAAGAGGUUUAUUGCAGUGUCGGCUUAGAGAUGGCGGUUGGACCUUGGCUGCCAAAGCCUUUUACUUUUGCAUGUUUUGUGCUGAGAGUUGAUGUCGUGUGUGGAUCCGCUGAGUGAGGCCGACAGAGUAAAACUUGAUUUGAAUAUGAACCAGACGCGUGGCCUUUGACGGCGCCUGAGAAUUUCUGCGCGCGACCGGUCGACUCAACUUCGCGCCCUUGGGCGAUAGGGCGCCAGUUCGUGGUUCCUUACCCGUGCUUUGGCGAUGUAGCUGCGCACCCCCCUUCCACCGGGAUGAAUGGAUCCGAGUCGGUUUGAUUGUUUGUGGUGUACCAUGGGCAGGACAACAUACGCAGCAACACCUUGGUCGUAAACGUCGUUCCAGCAAAUCACCUCCGGUGCGAAGUACUGAGUAGGUGCAAAGUGCCGGAAAGCAAGUGGAUCGCAUCGCAUCAUGCUCCGAAGUUAGGUUGGUUGGCGAUGGGUGUUGGUUACGUAAGCACCAGCGUCGGAAGCCCUCCCCUCGUGUUGCUGCAGGAGGAAGUUGAUGGAAAGAAGGCUCUUGGCCGUUAGGGCUAUGAACAGCAGUGUCAACCACUGCGCGUCUGACAAAACAGGUGGCUA